GCUCAAAAUCUACAGUUCUACCCUUCGUCAUACUCGAACCAAACAGUGUCGGGCACGUCGACACCCUUCCAAGCAUUCAACAGCGGAGCGCAAACAUCGGCAUACCCGUCAAGUUAUGGCGCAGGCUUCGGCGGCCAGUCUGCCGUGUCUGGACGUAUGGGCGAACAAGGAGGCUUGACAAUGGGAUGGCUGGCAGCCUUUGGUACCGAGGGAUACCCAGGAGAGCCGCCGCUGUUGGAAGAGUUGGGUGUCAACUUUGGUCACAUCAAGACAAAGACUCUCACCGUCUUGAACCCUCUGGCUAGAAUCGACCAGCACAUCAUGGACGACUCUGACCUGGCAGGACCCAUCCUCUUCUUCCUGCUGUUCGGCACCUUUUUGCUCUUGUCCGGCAAGCUUCACUUUGGCUACAUCUACGGACUGGCAGCUCUAGGCAGCAUUUCACUGCACUGGAUCCUGUCGCUCAUGUCACCGCCCCUCUCUCCGGCCGACGCAUCGGCACAGCAACAAGACGCGUCGUCUGCGCACGGUGGCCACUUCUCAGCAACUCUGACCAUCUGGCGUUCGGCCUCUGUGCUCGGAUACUGCCUCCUUCCUCUGGUCCUGACAUCUUUUGUCGGCAUCGCGCUUCCUUUGGAUGGACUAUUGGGCUACGUCUUGACAAGCUUGGCGAUCCUGUGGUGUACAUACAGCAGCAGUGCCAUGUUUUGCGCUGUGGGAAGAAUGACUGGCAUGCGGGGACUGGUCGCAUAUCCGCUGGCACUCUUCUAUGUCGGAUUUGGCAUCAUGGCUAUUUUCUCGAGCAGAGGUACGGGUACUCUU